UCCAAGCAAAACCUAAAUUACCGGUCAAUGCUGCACCAACGAAGUGAAAAAUCAUGACUGCUAAGUUGCUUGGACGAUUGCUGCAGCUACCAACCGCGGCCUCCGCUCUGCUCGCUCCUGCGAAGAUCCUCCCCGCUGCGUACACUGCAGUGGGCUCUCUGCAUCCGGAUCAACAUGGGCGGAUCUCUUUCCGGCGACAUUUUUUCGAUCUCCACAAGAUGGUUGACAAGGAAGCCAUAAAAAGGGAGAAGGAUAGGCUAAAAGAUGAAUUAAGUAGAGGAUAUUUUGCAGACUUUUCAGAAAUCCAUAAAAACAGUGGCAAGAUUGCUCCAGCAAACAAAACUCUCAUUGCUUCCAUGGCAGCUGCCAUGUUUCCUGAUAUUGUGGUAUAUUUUUCGGAUGGGAGGAGGCUAAAGCUGCCUUUAUCUGAUCAGAAUGUGAAUAAUCAUAGCACUGAGAUCAUUCCUUCUGCCACCUUAUUAUGCCUUUCCUUUCGAGCAAGCUCCCAGAGGAUGGCUGAAUCAUGGAGUGCGCCUUUCCUAGAAACCUUGGAUGCUUCAACCAACGUACAGGUUUAUGAGGUGUCCUUUAUAGAGUCUUGGUUAUUAUCGUUGAAUCCAAUGAAGAACUUAUUCCUCAAAAUUGCGAGAAGUUCUAGUUAUCCUCUGCGAAGAAUUGCAUAUUCUUUUGGAGACCACUAUGAUUUAAGGAAGGAGCUUCAAAUUCUAAAUCUUCUCACCGGGUAUAUAUUUCUCCUUGAUAGACAUGGAAGAAUUAGGUGGCAAGGUUUUGGCUUCGCAACAACAGAAGAAGUUUCAUCCCUCUUAUCAUGCGCCACCCUUCUUUUGGAGGAGUAGCAGUUUUUUACAUUUCGACUCUUUUUAAUGGUAAUUUUUUGGUGCAACAUGUCAUGCUUUUUGUUCUUUUAAAGAUAUGCAAGAGUUUUCGUAAUAAAGAUAAAUGCGUUAGGGCUUUGAUUGUCAAUUUCUUUAAGCCCUCUGAAAAUCUGGAGAAUUGUCUAUUUAAAUUUAUUUCUGUAGUCUCUGUGGGGAUGUUGUUGGCGAUCUCUUUACAUCUUUUUAAGUAAGUUUAGAUUAUUCUAAA